GGCGGGGCGAGCGGAAGGUUGUGUGUUUCGGUCGAAUGUCUCGGCGUUCGGAGGAAGAGGAGGCCUCGGCGGCACGUGGCGGAGGGGCCCCCUUCUGGGCAGCGUGAGUCCUGGCCUCUGGGAAGGGGAUGAUGGGAGAUGUAGUCCCUUGAAGGGUGCAGUUGCUGAGUAUCUGAAAAAAUGGCGCUACGCCUCCGCACCUUACUGCCAUUUGCCAUACCUGGGGUGCUGGCGCUCAUUGGAUGGUGGUGGUUCUCUUCACGUAAAAAGGAGCGCGCCAGCAACCACGACAGGCAAGACGCAGCCAGCUUGGAAGAGCACAGAAUAUGCUCUGCCAAAAAGGAGUCUUGCACUAGAGAAGACCCACAGUCAAACAAUGAACUCUUGUUGCCUCUGGAAGCCAAACAGCCUCCUCAGUCAACCUUGGUCUUUCAGCCUUUGGUAGAAGUGCCGGCACCUUCUUCUCCAGAACCCCAGGCUUGGUGCUUGGAUCCUUCCAAAAGGGACCUUCCUGUUCCUCCAAAAACGGCCGUCAACUUCGACGCGCUUCGGGACGAGAGUGAAAAACUCAAAGCAUCGAUGGGAUGUCGAGGUAUGUUUGCAUCUCAUGCGCUUGAGUCCUCCUUUUCAGAUUCACAAAAAGCAAACGUCAGUGCGGUAGAAAGUACUGCGGAGGGGAAGGUGGAUUCCACGCAAGUUGCAGACCAGGUACCGCUGGCGACUUUUAUGACCACACUUCUGGCGGAGUCGUUUCGAUUGGAGAAAUCGGGGCAUAAUAGUGAAGAGCCAAUAGACCAGAACAACUCAAAAGAAGGCCGGUAUCCUGAGGUUGCUGUGAGUACUGGCUCUUCGCCCAUUCCCUGCUCUGUUGUGGCGCAUGAAGCCGUUCCUGAAGCCACACUAGACGUUACUGAAACAGAAGAGAUGAAUGGUGGUGUUGUGGUUGAGGUGGAGACUGCUGGCACUGGGUUGCCUGCUAGUUUGCGCGCAGAACCAGCUGGCUCAAGAUUGUCCGAGGAAGUAGAGACGUCCAGUUCCAACGCUGGUAGCAUGUUGAAGCACCCCGGGUUUGGAGAUGGUGGACAGAAGGGCAGUUUGGAGAAGGAAAGGAUAGGUGGCAUCACCUUGGACAAGGAGGAAGUUGAGAAAAUUGAGCAGGUGGCCAUACAUAUAAUUUCCAACGUCAUCCGAGCAGCCACUGAGGAAGUACUGUCCGGGUCGGUCAACGACGUGUCCGACAGGAUCUGUCAAAUGGCCAGUCGUGUUGACAAACCCAUGCGUACGAGUGGUGUUGGCUCGGAAGAAUCCAGCCUGAUGAGUGAGUGUGCAGCUGAGAAGGUUGCAACGGUUGAGCUGUCUCCCCUCCUAGAAGAAAACAUUGGUCAUCCGACAUUCUCCAGUCACUUGACGCAUGGUCUCCUGGCAAACCCUGCUCAUGCGCAGCCCAGGGACUCCGUAUGUACUGUGCAGCCCCCUAGCGACCCCGCUGUGGCUGCAGACCACGAGGAGGAGUUUGAAGAUAUCCAUACGGUGACGGAAGAUUCCGGUUGCAGCGCUUGCGCCUCUGAAGACGGGACUAGCGCAGAGGACCUUUUGAGACCCCCUUUGUCUCCUGCAUUGCGGCAAACCCUGGAUCUGUUGAACAUGCCCACACUCAAAGACUUGGAGCAGAACUCGGCGUCGAGCCAAAAACCCUCCUCCCCUACGCUAGCCGAAAACAAGGUGCCAUACAGCAAUGGGGUGCUGAAAGAGGAUGGCGCACCUCUGGGGCAUGAGCAGACGUGGCCAGGAGAAGCAGACGGAGACCACUCAGGAGGCUCAGAUGUAAAUAGCAUGGAUUCCGUGGACAGUGGCUGCGCCCUCCGAAAGAAUGGCAGCUGCCAGAACGCAAAGACGGGAGCAGACUCCAAUAAGACGGAGCUGAUAAUCUGGGAGAUAGAAAUACCAAAGCAUUUAGUCGGACGCCUGAUAGGCAAACAAGGGAGGUCCGUGAGCUUCCUGAAACAAGUCUCUGGUGCCAAAAUCUACAUUUCCACGGUACCUUACACUCAGGAUUUCCAGAUCUGCCAUAUAGAAGGUUCUCAGCAAAAUGUUGACAAAGCACUGAGCCUGAUUGGGAAGAAGUUCAAAGAUCUGAGUCUCACCAACAUCUACUCACCGCCUCCUCCUUCGCUGCCUUUGCAUUCCCUCCCUAUGACCUCCUGGCUCAUGCUUCCCGAUGGGGUCACCGUGGAAGUGAUCGUGGUAAACCAGGUUAAUGCUGGACAUCUAUUUGUACAGCAACACACCCACCCAACUUUCCAUGUCCUUCGCAGUCUAGACCAGCAGAUGUACCUCUGCUAUUCCCAACCCGGAAUUCCAACCAUGCCAACCCCAGUGGAAGUUGGCGUUGUUUGUGCUGCGCCAGGCGUGGAAGGGGCCUGGUGGCGGGCGCAAGUGGUUGGAUACUUCAAAGACACCGGCGAAGUGGAAAUCAGAUACGUGGACUACGGCGGGUAUGAGAGAGUCAAGAUUGACACGCUCCGGCAGAUCAGGUCUGACUUUGUAACACUACCUUUCCAAGGGGCAGAAGUCCUGCUGGACAACGUAGUUCCACUUCCAGAUGAUGAUCACUUUUCAUCUGAAGCAGACGCAGCUGUUAGUGAAAUGACCAGGGGUACCCCUCUGCUAGCACAGGUUACAAAUUAUGACAAUGCAACAGGCUUGCCGCUAAUACAGCUGUGGAGCAUGCUAGGAGAUGAGCUGGUGUCUAUCAACAGAACCUUGGUGGAGCGAGGCUUCGCGCAAUGGGUCGAAGGCUACUAGAAGCAUCCUUAGCUGUUUGUUCCGGACUAGUCUUCCCUGUUCUCUCCCUCUUCCCACCGCCUUAUCCGUUCCUUUCUUUCUCUCCAAUUUUUGGCACUUGUUUCGAAAUUGGGUUUGGCAAUUCUCCUUCCUCCCUUCACUCUCUCUUUCUCUCUGUCUCUCUCAAUGGCCUGUUGUGAUGCAUUCACCUGGCAAAACCAACCAUUUUAUAUGGCAUACCUCAUCUUUGGCAGGAAGGCUUGGAGCUGAACCAGAAGCCAUAAAGAUAAAUUGCAGCUUUGAAAAAAGCUUAUCUCUCUCACUUUUUCUUUCUUUCUCUCUUUCCCCCCACUUUUCUGACCUGGGUCCAAAAGUGACGUUAAAAAAAAAAAGAAGAAAAGAAAAAAGGAAAGUAGUAGUAAAUGAAUUAAAAAGAUAAUUCUCUCUCCGGAGAGUUGUCAAACUAUUGCUCGCUCGCACCCCAUUUCCCUUUUGACUACUGCCUUAACAUUAAAAUGACUUGAUCUGAAAGCUGAGUUUUGCUUCCAGAUCUCCCCCCCCCCCCAAAAAAAAAUUUAUAUGUAUAUAUAUAUAUGUAUUUAAAAGAUUUGAAUCGCGGGAGCAUAUCAUGCACUUGAUAGCAGUUCUGUGCUUCCCAACAGCAGAAAGAUAGCGUUGUUCACCUUUGGAUGUGGGCAGCCGAAAGGCGGAAUUAAAAAAGGACGCCGCUCCUUGCGGCGCAUAUAGCGUUGGCUUUGUUCUUAAGUAAGGUUCGUUUUGCGCAAGAGGCGACGCCACUUCGCAAACCACCUUAAAAACCACACGACGAAGCGAACCGCCACAGCUCCGGCCCGUUUUUUUCUUAACCUCCCCGGAUCAUGCUUAAAAAACAUCCGAUCGCCAAGCCUGAUUGUAAUUCAUAACUUGUUUUCUAUCCGUGCAAAAAAAAUAAAAAUAAAAAUGAUAAAAUAAAAAUAAAAAACCCCUGUGUAAAUAUAUAUAUUUAAAAAGCAAAACAAAACACAGACGUUGUAAUAUUUUGUACAAGAAUAAAAAUUAAUUAAUUAAUAAUAAUAAUAAUACCGGGGAACUUAGAAAGGGAACGUCAAACAGGGAAAAAAGGGGGUCCUGUUAUUCCAUACCGAAAUGUCCUCUGUAGGUUAAAAAACGGUUUUCGCGGUGUAUCAUGUAUAGGAUGGCAUUUUCCCCGCUAGCUUUUGCUGUAUGGUAGGAAUUUGGCGACCGAUGGACUCUUUUGCUGUACAGAUCUGACUAUACAAAGGGAAAAGAAGAAGUGACAUUUGGAAUUGAUAUUGCAGUGGUGUGUCUCUCCGUUAUUUUUUUUGGUUUUGGUUUUUGUUUUGUUCCUUUUUAGAUUGGUUUCAAAUGUGGAUUUGGAAAAGAAAAAAAAACCAAGUAAUUUAAAACCUAAUUUAAUACUAUUAAAAUACCAAUGAAUUCAAAGACG